UGCGUGACGUGCUUGCGUAACACCACAUCGCCAGUGCUGCAAGGCCUGUAGGACCCACGUAGGCUGCUGUGGCACACGUGGCCCAAGCCUCCUAUAGAAGGGGCAGUAGCUGAGCCCUGCGGUGCUGCGUUAGGGGAACUCCGGGUGGGAGGCUGCGGGGUAGAGGUCGUGGCGACAGCCCAGAAGCUGAGGGGGAUGCCCAAGGGCCACGCACCAGUGCUGGCUGAGCGCCGAGUGGCUGAGAGCUGGUGGCCGAACCAGCACUGGGAGCAUCGCUGCCUCUGCCCUGUCCUGACCCUGCCUUCCAGAUGAGGCUUAUUUUCCAGAAAAGAGAACCCAUCCAAAAAACAUCCAAAAUCAGAAUGGCUACUGCUUUAGCCAAGAUCAACAGACGAACAUUCAUUCAAGGAUUGCACAGCAUAUCCAGAUCCUCUAAAUCAGUGGCCAAACUUCUGCAGCCUCAGCUUGCCUGUAGACUUUUAGAAUUAAGGGACAUAUCUCAUCGUCUGCUGAGGGAAGUUAAUGCACCAAAGCAACCCCUAUAUAAUAUACAGGUCAGAAAGGGUUCUUUGUUUGAAAUUAUUACCUUUCCAGCAAAGACUGCUUUAACUAGCAUAAUCUAUGCUUCAUAUGCAGCACUAAUUUAUUUGACACUCUGUGUUAAUGCUGUGUUGGAGAAGGUAAAGAAAAUUUUCCAAGAGGAAGAGUCCAUAAGGCAAAACAGAGAGAAUGCAAAUUUUAGAAAAGCCUUUUCUGAGCCCGUGCUGUCUGAGCCUAUGUUUCCUGAAGGUGAAAUCACAGCAAAAUCUUACAGGUCAUUGCCAGAGAAGCCAGAAAACAUUGCAGAUCGCCCCAAGCUUCCUGCUAAUAAAUUGAGCAGUAAGAUCCAGGUUUUACAUUCUGUGUUUGACCAAUCAACUGAAAUCAAUGAACAAGCAAAUCUGAAUGUGGAUAUCACUGAACAGAGAGCUUAAGAGUUAUCUGAUGGUACAUUUCAUCUGACAAAAUGAUGAAACUGUUUGCAUACACUGAAUGCUCUAAGAGAAGGAGGGGUAUUUUUAUUAAAAUGUCUUUCUCUGGAGUUUAUAUGGUAGAAAAAAUAAAAUGAAACUUGAUGUAGAAUAUAUGAAUGACUAUAACAUUUUUCAUGAACAAGAAAAUUCACCUUUUGGAGUGUUAGACAUUAUGCUGUGGUUUAUAAUAUGGACACUAUAAUAAAUUUAUGUUCUU